CAAUUUGUCUCUCUCUCUCUCUCCAAAGAAAAGAAAAAGAAAAAAAAAAAAAAAAAGCAAAUCGACCUCGAUCGAUCUCGACCGCCAUGGAUUUCUCCGGCGGCGGGGGCGGCGCGACGCUGUCGGAGAUGUACCAGAGCGCGCGGAGGCUGCUGCUGUCGGCCCGCGACGGCGUGGCCCGCGUCGAGCGGCUCGCCUCGGCGCCCGCCUCCUCCUCCUACUCCGCCUCGGCGCCGCCCGUCGGCGCGCCGGACCCGGCGGGCGCCGAGGCCGUGCGGAGGGAGGUGGCGCAGAUCCAGGGCCUCUGCGCCCAGAUGGACCGCCUCUGGCGCUCCAUCCCCGCCAAGGGCCAGCGCGACCUCUGGAAGAGGAAAGUGGAGCAGCUAUCUGAGGAGGUUGAUUCAUUAAAGGAAACCCUCGACAAGCACUCGUUGCGGCAAAGGAAGCGUAUUUUGGAAGCCAAGGAAAGGGCGGAGCUGUUUGAGAGAGCUAAUGGUGAAUCGUCGCAUGUCCUUCAAAUAUUCGACGACGAAGCCCAGGCAAUGCAAUCGGCCCGUACCUCCUCUCGAGUGCUUGACGAAGCCUAUGAGACAGGAGUGGCCAUCCUCCACAAGUACUCUGACCAGAGGGAUCGUCUGAAGAGCGCGCAAAGGAAAGCUCUGGAUGUCCUGAACACCGUUGGCCUAUCGAACUCGGUCUUGAAGCUCAUUGAGAAGCGGCACCGGGUUGACAAGCGGAUUGCGUAUGGCGGCAUGAUCAUCACUGUCGUGCUGAUGGUUGCCUUCUGGCGAUGGACACACUAGUUUUCAACAUUCUCCGGAGAUGGGCACACUGGUGCAUGAGGAAUGAAGGAAGGGGCUUCUUGUUUAGGGUUUUAAGUUGGCUAUCACUUGUCAUUGCUUGUGUGUGGCAGGCACAACCCUGCUUGCUUACUGAUCUCUUCUUUGGAUUAUUAUUACUGUAUAUGUAUAUCGGUUAUGAAAAGAUGUUUGACAAGACUGGUUCAUCAGAUAUAUAUUCCUUUGUAUGCAACAUACGUUUGAGAA